ACACAGAAUUCGACGCAUGCGCAAAGCCUCCCUACAUCUUGAUGCUAGCUGAAUGAAUGAGAGGGGAUUGUCGAAUUGACUUUUUAACGCUCUUUUCUUUUGUUAUUUUUAACCUAAAUGAACAACGACACGUGCACUGCGAGCAACGAUAACCGAAAUGGAGGUUAUUAAGGGGGAAUGACGUCUUACUCUGUCAAUGAACACGUUCAGAAGCUUGGCUACGUUAGCUUCAUGCUAGCAGCAUCAGUAUCUGUUUAUAUUGUAAGGUCUCAGGUCUCAGGGCAGCAGUAAAGGAGAGAUGUACUUCCUCUACACAAUAAUCGCGUCCUUGGUUUGUUUUUUUGUUUUGAAAUGGUUGAAAAAGAGGAGGCACUGCACCGAUCUGUCAAGACUGGAUGGGAAAACAGUUCUUAUUACAGGUGGGAAUUCUGGCAUUGGCAAGGAGACAGCUGUUGCCUUGGCCAUGAGAGGCGCCCGAGUCAUCAUCGCUUGCAGAGACGUGGACAAAGCAGAGAAGGCUGUGAGGGAGAUCAAGUUCAAGAGUCACAGCCUGAACAUUCUUCACAUGGAGCUGGAUUUGGCCAACCUGCGCUCCGUAAGAGAAUUCUGUAAGAGCUUCCUCCAGAGAGAGAAGAGACUGGAUAUCCUGGUGAAUAAUGCAGGCAUGCCCAGCGUUCUCGACUGGACAGACGACGGCUUCAGCAUGUGUUUUGGCGUCAACCACUUGGGCCACUUCCUCCUGACCAAUCUGCUUCUGCCUCGCCUGAAGGAAUGUGCCCCCAGCCGUGUGGUUACCCUCACGUGCUCCACCUACAAAUACCAGAAACUGGACUUCCAGGACCUCAACUACAACCUUCUGCCCUUCUUCACCCACUGCCGCAGCAAGUUGGCCAACAUCUACUUCAGUCAGGAGCUGGCUCGCAUCACCGAAGGGAAAGGAGUGACCUCGUACGCUGUGCACCCAGGUUUCGUUCAGAGCGGUUGGACGUGUCACUUCUCCGUCCUCUUCCGGAUGCUGAUGCAGGUGAUCAUGUGGAUGUUUUUUGUUUCGUGUGAAGUCGGAGCUCAGACCGUCAUCUACUGCGCCGUGUCGGACGAAGCCGCCAAACACAGCGGGGGUUACUUUAUCGACUGCCGGCCUGCCACGCUGCGGCCUUUCGCAAGAGACACAGGAGUGGCGAAGAAACUGUGGGAGGCCAGUGAGAGGCUGGUCAAACUGGCCUGAUGGAGGAGGCAGGGGUGGGGUGUGGGUCGUUUUUUUUAAUCUUAUUCAUAUAUUUAAUGUAUUUAUGUCUUUAUCAACUGAUGUACAUUUCCUGUUCUGUUUGGGCCUGUUUGUCUUAAGUUGUCGAUGCAGAUUUAGGAUUUCUUUUAAAGACUUGUUUUACCUGUUUUGCAAUCUGCUUGAAGAAUAUUUAAUAAAUGACUUGACUUGUUUAA